AUGUAUGACAACAUCUCUGAUUUCACAAGAUAUGAUGACGACCAUGACCCCGAACACGGUGAAGAAGAAGUUUUACAAACAUCCAUUAAGACAGGAAAGGUUCUAACUCAAAGUCUCAUUAUUGACACCAAAGAUGGCGAAGUGGACGUUCUUCAAGAGCUGAAGAAAAAUACUUCUUCGGGAGGUGGUGGUAGGCAUGAACUUGAAAUAAAUGAGGUAGAAGAGAAAUUAGCCGAAAAAGCAGAUAAAAACCAUGUUCAUUAUAUAAGUUCAGACGAACAGAUUAUAACGGACUACCAUGGAUAUUUAACACAGGAUGAACAAAUAAGCACUGAAGAUGUUAAUGAAAGAAGAUAUAAAUUCAUUCGUGCUAAAGGUUAUGACAUACACUGUACUGUACAGUAUGACACAGGUAAAGCACCAGAAGCAUUUGGUUAUAACAAUGAAAUUUAUGCUUCAUACUUCUUUGUUAACGGUGUAUUAGUUGAACCAAGAUUUACUUUGAGAGUUAAGGCAAAAAUAACUUUUGAAGAUGCUAUUAAAAGUAAAGCUGACAAAGAUGAACUUGACGCAACGAACAAAGUUUUGAAAUCUCAUAAACACAAUAUCUCCGAUAUAAAUGAACUUCAAGCUACAUUAAAUAGUAAAGCUGACAAGAACCAUACACAUGAAUCCUUCACUACUGUUAGAGCAGACGACAUAAUAUUGAACUAUACCCUUGGUUCAAGUGCACCUUUAGAGAAUCCAAGUACAAGCGUAAAAGAUACACUAAACUCCUUAAAUAACAAAUGUAUGAAUAUCGAAGGUCAUGUCAGAAACUUUGAAACACAUGAACUACCAGCAAUGUUAGAUAAGAAAGCAGAUAAAGAACAUACACAUAACUCCUUCUCAACUGUUGCUAUAGAAAGUAUUGAAGGAACUGGUGGGGAUGCAUUAUAUUAUAAACCUCCUAACUUUCCACAAG